AUGCGCACCACGAUUGAGCCUUCGGGCGCUUCUUUGCCUUUCUGCAGUGUGGCCAGUCUAUUUAGCAACAAAGAAUGUCCGAUGCGGGUGCAGGCCUGCCGGGUGGUCCAGGCGACCGCCUUGCGGCUCUGCAGCAGCUGCAAUGGCGCUUCCAGUCGCAAGGCAAGAGCCAGCGUUGAGUUGCUUCUGGAGCUGCUGCACGCGGCGCAGCGAUCGCAGGCCGAGCUCAGCAGCCUGUUUGCCGACAUCGGCGACGCGCCUGCAGCGCCCACCACCGCCGACGCAGUGCACCAAGCGGCGGCCUGGGCGGCGGCCACGGUGCUGCACCUGCAGCUAAUGGCGCAGCUGGUGCAGUCUCUGACUGCCCAGGAGCUGGGUCUGGAGGCCCUGGCUUCCAGCGCGGCAGCAGCAGCCGAGGACGCCCCACUUCCGGCUGGCCCGGUUGGCAGCUUUGUAAUUGAAGAGAUGGAGGCUGAUGAAAGCGGCUCCCCCUCAGCCAUCCAGCCUGUGGACGCCGUCCUGGUUGCGGCGCUGUAUGGCGCAGACGCGCAGCUGCAGCGGCCGUGGGCCGCCGGCCAGGUCGCCACGGCGGCACAGCAGCUGCUGGCGGCGCUGGCAGCCAAGCUGGCUCCCCUGCUGGCAGGACUGGAGCAGCAGCAGCAGCAGCAGCAGCAAGGCGGCGCAGCGCCCCUGCUGAAAGAGGCGGCCACUGCUCGCACGCGCAACGGCGGCGGCGGGGCUGGGGCAGCGCGGCAGCCGGCCGAGGUGCAGCAGCUGCUGGGGCUGGUGGUGCCCGCCGCGCUCCAGAACCUGCAACCAGUGGUGGCGGCCAAGGUGCAGCACGACAGGCACAAGACGGCGCGGCUGGAGCCGUACACAGGCCCCGGCAACUUUGAGCGGUGCGUGGCGGCGAGCCAGCUGGCGUGGCUUGUGCGCCAGCUCAGCGGGCGCCACCUUGCAGCCGUCAGCUCAGCAGCGCUGCCAGCCGUGGUGGAUGCAAUAGAUGAUCCGUUCCCCGCAGAGCAGGCCUGUGGGCUGAUCCGCCACUUGGACGUCAUGGGCACGGCCAAGCACGCGCUGGCUGGCUGCUCGGACGCCUGCUGGCCGGCAGCCGCUGCGGCGGCGAUUGCCGUGGCCAGCAGGAUGGAGGGGCCCAGCCGCGUCGCCCAGGCAUACCAUGACAUCAUGGCAGUGUUUCUGGACGAGGGCGAGCUGGGGGCCCACCUGGCGGAGCGAGCCGCAGCCUGGCUGGCCGCCGUGCCGCCCCUCUUCCCGCGCCUGGGCCUGCAGCUGACGGCGCACUUCAGCCGCCUCAUGCCGCUGCUGCUGGGGUGGUGCGUGGCGCCGCGCCAGUCGGUGCGGGCGGCGGCCUUGGAGGCGCUCCUGGAAGUGAUCCGCCUGACGUGGCCCCGCAUCGGGGCGCAUGCAGCCGUCCUCUGGCGCGUGCUGCGGCGGGUGUAUGAUGAGGAGCGGCACAGGCCGCAGCUGGGGGCUGGCGGCGACCAGGCAGCGGCUGCGGUGGCGGACUGCGCGGAGGACUGCGCGCUGGCGCUGUGGUAUGCGGCAGGCCCCGACUUCCACCUGCACCUGAUGAUGGACAAGAGCAGCGCGGGGGAGGAGCUGCUGCAGUUCACGGUUUGUAACUCUGGCUGCGACAAGGGAAAAUUUAGCCGUCUGCUCAGCAUCCUCCACCCCUCACCCCUUAAGCCUGCGGUAGUUGCAGGCGAGAAGCGCAUUCCCCGCAAAUCUGCCCAGCGUUCCCGCCUCUGUGCUCAACAGGCCUACAAGCAUGGGAGCAUGGAAGCAGACCUGGGGCAGCCACGCAGCUGGGGCCUGGUGCAAGCGGAGAUGACCUUGCUCAUGAGGCUGGUGGAGGUGCCCUCCAACACGACGCUGGCGGUGAAGAGCAGCGUGCCGCCGCCGAAAAAGGCCACCGCGUUGGCGGCGCCGAGGGCCAGCGCAGCCAGGGCAGCCACGCACGCCGCCAGGGAGCCAAACACCAUGGAUCGGCCGGAGAGGUGGGCGCUGGCGGCGCCCACAGCCAGGUUGACCGGCACCAUGGCCAGGCUUAAGAGGCCCAGGAAGAGGCCCUUCUGGGAGCUGUGCCAGUCGAGGUGGAGGAGGUCGGUGAGGAUGGGCAGCGAAUCCAUAUAG